AUGUCUGAAGAAAAACCGCGUGCCGUCCUUUUUUCUGGCUUUAAUAACAUUGCUAUCGCCGCCGAUGUCUACGGCGCGCCUGCUGCGUCUCCGGUUAUCUUGGCUCAUGGCGGAGGACAGACGCGUCAUGCUUGGCGAGGAUCUGGAAAGAAACUGGCGGAGGCAGGCUUUCAAAGCAUUUGCGUUGAUUUGCGUGGUCAUGGUGAAAGCAGUUGGUGCCCAGAGGGCGACUACCGGAUUGAAGCGUUUGCUGAAGACUUUGUGAGCAUAUGUGGUGAAUUGCCCACGCCACCUAUUCUUGUUGGUGCAUCACUUGGCGGCAUAGCGGCAAUGGUUGCGGCUGGUGAGCUGAGGGCCGAAUUGUUCCGCGCAAUCGUCUUUGUUGAUGUGACGCCACAUAUGGAAACAACGGGGGUUGAAAAGAUCAUCGGCUUCAUGAACGAACAUGUUGAAGAAGGGUUCGGGUCUCUGGAUGAAGCUGCUGAUGCCAUCGCGGCUUAUUUGCCGCAUCGCGCUAAGCCGAAGAACCUUGAUGGCCUUGCUAAGAAUCUGAAGUUGGGCGACGACAAGCGAUAUCGUUGGCAUUGGGAUCCGAGAUUUGUAACCGGCGUGAACCGACCGUCGGCCAGCCGAGACCCCGAAAGGCUCAGUAACGCUGUAUCGAAUAUCAAAGUCCCGGUCAUGCUAGUUAAAGGGCAGAUGAGUGAGCUGGUAAGCGAAGCGUCUGUAGAACGGUUUCUCGAGCUCAAGCCAGAUGCAAAAUUUGUUGAUGUGGCAAACGCACACCACAUGGUCGCGGGCGAUCAUAACGAUGCUUUUACUGCUGCGUCCAAUGAAGGUGUGCUAAGAGUCGAGGCUUGUGGGUUGUGUGGUACUGACCACGAACAGUACAGUGGCGACAUGCGAAGUCGUCAUGCGUUCAUUCCCGGCCAUGAGGUUAUCGGCGUUAUCGACCAGAUUGGGACAGAAGCUGCAACCCGCUGGGGGGUAGAGGUCGGGCAGCGAGUAGCGGUAGAAGUGUUUAAGUCGUGUGGUGAGUGCCAGCCGUGUACAACUGGAACUUAUCGCCGUUGCGAUCGCAACGGUGUAGACACCAUGGUGGGUUUUACUGAUGUAAACAUUCCACCUGGCCUCAAUGGAGGGUACGCCACCCACCUGUUCCUUGGGCCAGACUCAAUGUUACUGCCGGUGCCCAAAGGUAUGGACCCGGUGUUGGCCACCUUGUUUAACCCAUUGGGCGCUGGUAUCCGCUGGGGUGUUGAACUGCCGGAUACGGGCCCGGGUGAUGUCGUUGUCAUUCUUGGCCCCGGGGUGCGCGGGCUGUGCGCUGCUGCAGCGGCUAAAGAGGCAGGCGCAAAGUUCAUCAUGAUCACCGGUUUCGGUCCUCGUGAUGCAGAGCGUCUUGCGAUUGCGCCACGGUUUGGCGUUGACCUGGCCGUUGAUGUUGCAAAUGUUGACCCAGUCCGCGCGCUACAACAAGCCGUUGGCCUCAAAGCUGAUGUGAUUGUUGACGUCACCGCAAAAGCGCCCGCCGCACUGGGUCAAGCAGUAAGGCUUGCGCGUCCGGGCGGCACCAUUGUGUUGGCUGGUGUGCGUGCGUCUACAGAAACGCCGGGGUUUGACCCGGAUCACAUCGUGUUCAAGGAACUGCGCCUGCUGGGCGCUCUAGGUGUGGAUGUUUCAGCUUAUAGCAAAGCAUUAGAGCUGUUGGAGUCGAAUCGUUAUCCGUUUGCGGAGCUGCCAAGGCAAGUGGUUGGGUUCGACAAAAUUGAACCGAGUCACAUGACAAAACCAAAAUUUGAUGUGUUUAACCAGAGCUGGGCAGACAAAAUUGUUGGCCGAGUCGGCCAGAAAGGUAUCGAUGCCUAUUUAGGUCUCAAGGUUACCGAAGUCGAGGCAGGCCAACUCGUGUGUGAAAUGCCAGUCACCGAUGAAUUGAUCACUGGUAUGGGCAAUAUGCAUGGCGGCUGCCUGUCAGCGCUUUGCGAUCAUGUCCUGGGUACAGUGAUGUAUCCCGUCAUGCCGGAAGGGUACUGGGCGGCAACCACUGAAUUUAAGAUUAACCUCACCGCGCCCGUGACCGGAGGUGUCUGUGUCGCCACCGCCGACAUUGUCUCUAUGAGUCGGCGUUUGGCCGUGGUCCGAAUCAGUAUUGAGAACGAAGGUCGAUUAGUGGCAGUGGCCCAAGGCACCUGCACCAUCGUCGCUGAGGGCUUCAGCGGGAUGCUGUUUACGGAAACCGGACAAACACCCUGGAUGUCGAUCGCCGCAGCGGCUACAGCUGCACCACAGCUCGACUUCAGUACGGGCAUUGCGGUUGCUUUUCCGCGCAGCCCCAUGAUCUCGGCUCAAAUAGCCUGGGAACUUGCAGCGAAUACUCAGGGGCGUUUUCGUCUGGGGUUAGGUAGCCAGGUAAAAGGACAUGUGGUCCGGCGUUACAGCGCUGUAUUCGACAAGCCGGCGCCACAAAUGCGUGAUUAUGUGAGUGCGUUCAAGGCCUGUAUCCGUGCGUUCAGUGGGGAAGAGAGCCUCCAACACGAAGGCCCAUACUACAACCUCAGUUAUCUGCCCAAAGCCUGGGCACCGGCGCGCCACAAUUAUGAAACAGUAAAGAUCGAUAUUUCUGCGGUUGGUCCCAUCAUGUGCAAAAUGGCUGGCGAACUCUGCGAUGGUAUUCAUGUACAUCCCAUGCACUCAAUGCAUUACAUUGAAAACCGAUUGCAACCAGCAGUUGCCGCUGGUGCUGCUAAGGCUGGGCGUUCCGUUGAUGAUAUUGAUCUGUUUGUGCCGGUGUUUGCGGUAGCCGGAGAUACUGCGGACGAACGCUCUGACAUGUUGCGCCGAGCAAGAACGCAAAUCGCCUUCUAUGGUUCAACGCCAAAUUAUGCCUUUCAGUUCGACGAUAUAGGCUUCGAAGGCCUAACGGCCAAGCUUGGUGCGCUGAUGAAGGCGGGUGACAUGAAAGCCAUGGCUGACCUGGUGUCCGACGAUUUACUCGACCACUUUGCGGUGGUUGCAAAGUGGGACGAUAUGGCAGAUGCACUUGCUGCGCGCUACGGGUCUGUGGCUAGCCGCAUCGUCACCUAUCUGACCGCUGAAGACAUUGCCAAACAUCCGGAGCAUCUGCCCAGAUGGGGGGAGAUUGCGCGAGCACUUGCAUCUUAA